AGCCAAAAAAACACUAGAUUGCUGUUGCUAAAGUUUUCAACGCCAGUUGAAGAGAGGAUAUUUUGCUAUGAGAUUAAACCGACAAACUUAAAAAAACAAAAAUAUGAUCAUUUAUUUACAAAAUUAAGAAAAACAGUAUGGCACGUGAUGUGGAUUAUCCGUAGGCCUAGGUCUAACGAUCCUAUUGGGAAUACCUUGAUUUGUUGUAGCAUAUCCGAAAGCUGGGUUCAUAAAAAGCAAGAUCGUGGCCCUGGUGGACCGUGGGUCAUUUUAUUGACGUUUGCCUAGAGCUGUGGUGACCCACAGGGUCAUGCUGAUGGAACAGGACACUCAGUGGCUGUACCACCUCCUGGCCGAGGUCCAGUUGGAGAGGUUUUACCUGCGUGUCCGGGACAGCCUCAACAUCACCCGCGUAGAGCAUUUCGCCUACGUUAAAGAGUCUGACCUCGAACAGAUUGGCAUCAGCAAACCAGGACAGAGAAGAUUAUGGGAGGCUGUGAAAAACUUCAAGAUCAGCGUGAGGCCCAAAUCGUGGAUGGCCAAGGCUUUCAGUGGGUGUGGUCCGGAGGGGGGUGAUCAAUGGGGCAGCGUGGGGUCGGGCCAGGAGAAAGGGGGGCGGGCCCUCACCUGUCUGAUCCAGGACGAUGAGCUGACUCUGGGGGAGAAGCUGGGAACGGGCUCCUUCGGCGUGGUGAAGAGAGGAGAGUGGCAGACCCCCACUGGGAGAGUGCUGCCGGUGGCAGUGAAGUCUCUGAAAAGUAGUCUUUCCAGACAGACAGACACCAUGACAGACUUUCUCCAGGAGGUGACCACCAUGCAGUCUCUUGACCACCCCAACAUCAUCCGCCUCUACGGAGUGGUGCUCACACAGCCCCUCAAGAUGGUGACAGAGUUGGCCUGUCUGGGGUCCCUGUAUGACAUGCUGCGCUCUCGCCAGCACGAGUACCCCCUGGCACGCCUCUGGCUCUUCGCCACCCAGAUAGCAGCGGGUAUGGAGUACCUGGAGGGUCGCAGGUUCAUCCAUAGGGACCUGGCUGCCCGGAACGUUCUGCUGGCCUCCAGGGAGAUGGUGAAGAUUGGGGACUUUGGUCUGAUGAGGGGCCUGAGCCAGGAGACAGACCACUACGUGAUGACGGCCCACAGACGUAUCCCCUUUGCCUGGUGUGCCCCAGAGAGUCUGCGUGUGGGCUCUUUCACCCACUCCUCUGAUGUGUGGAUGUUUGGGGUCAUUCUCUGGGAGAUGUUCACCUACUGUGAGGAGCCUUGGCGGGGGCUAUCUGGCAGACAGAUCCUCUGGCGUGUGGAGCUGGAGGGACAGCGUAUGGAGAGACCCCCUGACUGUCCUCAGGAACUCUACUCUGUGAUGAGAAAGUGUUGGGCCUGCACCCCCUCCAACCGACCCACCUUCUCCCAGCUCACCACCCUGGUUGCAGAGGCUCAGCCUUUGGAGGUGUGUGCUGUACGGGACUUUGUGGAACCUGGAAAACUCACCCUCCUGUCCAACGACCUAGUGACCAUCAUAGACCAUAGUCUGGAGCUGUGUGAGUGGAAGGGCCAGAACCAAAGGACCUUGAUAGUGGGCUGGUUCCCCCCGAGCCUGGCUGCUCCCUCCCUCUCCGCCCCCAGCAGCGCCCCUACUCUUCCCACCACAGCCCCCGUCGCUGCAUCGAGCCUCAUCCCGCCCCCCCUGAAGGGCAGUUUGCAGCACACGGGGCAGAGUGAGACCCACCCCGACCGUAACUGGGGCACGCCGGAAUGCCUCGACGAGAGAGUAAACUGGAGAAGAAGCCCAGCAAAUAGAGAGAGAGAGGGCGGCUCCAAUUUACAGAAAAUGUCAGGUAUGACCAGGAGUCUGGAGUCUGUCCUGAGUGAUCCCCAGAGCAGGACCUUAGGAGGGGUCAAGGUGGACCCCCGUCGUGGACCCCUCCCCAACGCCAUGGUUGCCCGCAGCGUUGUGGUGCAGCAGGAUCCCCAUCGGUUCAGCAAGGCCAGCAUCAACCCCCCACCUCGACCGCUCCCGCCCAACCUCAAACACGUCAAGAUUCCCCAGGUGGCCUUGUUCCGAGAUCGGAGGCCUGUAAAUCCAUCCCCAGGUUCCUUGUGGCCUCCACAACCUCAAAAGAAUCCUCAGCAGCAGAUGCUACAGCCACCCCAGCCCCAGCUGCAGCAGACCAUGGGGGGCAGCGACCUGGGCAAAAUGGCCCACAUGGCAUGGUCCAAACCAGCACUGGAUGACUAUGGGGACAAGGAGAGGAAUCAAGAAAAGGAGUGGGUGGUGAGGGAACGAGAGAGGGAGAGGUACCCGUCUCAAGUACAACACACCAGGGAAGCCUUCAUAGCCCAGGUCACGGAAGCAGUGCAUGGAGUGACCAAUGAGGAGGUUCGGAACGCACUUCACUGCAAUGAAUGGAACCCUAUAAGGGCCCAGCAACAACUCAAGAUGGAGCAGCUGCACUCUCUGAGCCUGUGUUCUCGUGACGACUGCCUAAGGAUCCUGUCCCGCUAUCAGUGGGAUCUACAGCUGGCCAGCCGCUACCUGUUCAGAAUGGUACGGGAGGAGAGGACUGGAGGAGGAGAAAGGGAGAGGAGGGACGGAGAGAGAGAGGCACCCCCUGCUGCCAUGGAGAGACGAGGAGUAUGAGAGUUGUGGGGAUGGAGGGAUACUGGAAACAGAGGACAAUAAAGAUUUACAAAAUUGAAGAGGGACUGAGGAGCUAUUUGAGGAAUUUAAGAGAUGGGAUGGUUGAUUUAAAAAGGAAUGGAAUAUAUAUAUGAAGUGAACCAUAAAGACAUUACAGUCCUCCAAAAUACAAUUUCUAUCCCUUUUU